AUGGCGCCAAGCGUUUCCAGCUACUUCUUCUCGCGCGGGUUACUCGCUGCGUCUUUCUCCGUCAUGGUCCUGUCUGCUGCAAUCGAUAAGCAUCCAGGCAAAGUCAAGCCCCUACCACUUGACUUCGACUAUGACCUCCGUACGUCGGCCCAGGAAAGUCGAUACAACGAGACAGCGACGUUAGUGCGCAACACGGAUCUCUUCCAACCACCCAACUUGGAGACCUUGUUCACGAACCAAAGCCUUGAGCGCAGAAGACAUGGCCGCAAAGAUGUUCCAGGAUGUGGGACACCGGACUUGGAACCGACCUGUGGACGGCCACUUGGACUCAAGUUCGCUGCUGCGCGCCCUUUUGCCAAGUUCAUCCGGCGGAUUCCAGCCGCCAAGUUGUUUUCAGGAGAUGCUGUUUUGCUCGUGGUCGACGCUUACAAGGGCGUGUUCCUCUUUGAUGCCAACGGUAAGCGCACGCUGCUCUUCAGUCGUUUCGGCGGUCACCACGUGAACUUCCUCAAUGGAAUUGCUGUCGUGCAGGAGACGGGUGAGAUUUACGUCUCCGAGGCGUCUCGUCGCUUUCAGCUCGCUCAAAUCCUGGUUGACUUCUUAGAACGCCGACCGUCGGGGAAUUUACUGCGAUUUGAUCCACGAGACGAGAGCGUGCACGUCGAGGCGAGCAAGUUGGGAUUCCCAAAUGGCCUGACACUUGAUCAAGAUGGCACUGGGGUACUGAUUUCACUCAUGUUCCAGAACAAGAUUGCGCGUUUUGGUCGAGCGACCAAGCAGAUCAAGGACUUUGCUUUCUUGCCGGGUGAACCAGACAACAUUUCGAUUGAAACAGUGGGUACAGGAGACAAUGAGACGGAUGUGCUGAUGGUGGGACUCGUGUCAAGAGACGAUGGUGGAACCUUUGAUCACAUCAAGCAGAGUGUCCAGCUACGCAAAAAGCUAUUGCAACUGCCAACGUCGGUGGAGUUUGGUUUCAUCGAGCGUAUCGGCGUGUUUGUCUCUCUAGACUUGGAGACGGGUGAUAUUCGGCACGUGUACGAAGCCUCGAAAGGACAGACACCGAAUAUUUCGGGUGCCAAGCGUUUCGGCGACUACUUAUAUCUAACAAGCCCGGUGCGUCCUUCGAUCACGCGUAUCCCAGCAGCAAUGGUGCAGUAG